AUGAGUUCUUCUUCUAUCGACGAUUUUCCGGCGAUUCAGGAAGUUAUGCUGGAGUUUCGUGCUGGUAAAAUGCUUCUAGAAGGAAAACGGGUGGUUCCUGAUCCUCGGAAAGGGCUUGUUCGGAUUGCUAGGGGUGAGGAGGGGUUAGUUCACUUUCAGUGGCUUGAUCGCACGCUAAAUGUUCUCGAAGAUGAUCAGAUCAUAUUUCCAAACGAGGCUACUUUUGAGCAGAUUAAUCAAGCAUCUGGAAGGGUUUACAUAUUGAAGUUUAAUAGUGAUGACAGAAAGUUCUUCUUCUGGAUGCAGGAAUCUAAUGCUGAUAAUGACUCGCAACUUUGUAGCUCUGUGAAUGAUUAUAUUAACAGACCAUUGGAGCUCCUUGGCGAAGAGGAACCUGAUGGAUCUCUUCCACUUCAAGUUUCUGAAGAUAUGGCUGAGGAUGAUAUCUCAUCUAGAGCUGCAAACUUAUUUGUCCCGAAUCUGGGUGUGGAUGCAACUAGCGAUAUAACGUCUUCUGGUCCAGUUAAAUUGGAAGAUCUCCAAAGAAUAUUGAGUAACAUUGGUCCUUCUGCAGAUAAUAUUAUUGAUCCUGAUGGAGGCUUUGAACUCGGUGACCUAUUGAAGCCUGAUCUGAUAUUGCCAUUGAUGGAGACAUUAUCAUUGGAGCAGCGUCUUGCUCCUUAUUUACCGGAGGGUACUUGGUCUCCGGAAGAAAUAUUGGAGUUGUUGCAGAGCCCACCUUUCCGUCAGCAAGUAGAUUCAUUUACUUAUGUACUUCGAACAGGACAGAUAGAUUUGUCUCAGUUUGGAAUCGAUCCAACUAAAUACAAGUUCACAGUUUUGUCAUUUCUCGAGGCUCUUGAGGAUUCUGUUUCCAAGUCUGAGGAAACCAGGCAAGAUGAUCAGGAAUUAGUAUCUCAAUCUUGUACUCCGAUGGAUGAAUCUAAGUAG